GCCACGAUGGCCACCGAAGACUCGGACGUGCUGCUGCUGCUGCUCACAGACGCCUUCGUGAAGCAAGAUACGGAACUGACAUCAACUUCCUAAACGCCACCAGCCUUACCAAGUCUUCCUUUCACCAGCUACUGCGCCGGUUCACUAGCUACUACUACAUCCCGCGCGCCCGCUCCAGGGGCCGACCGCUCAAGCUCCGAUACCACCACCAGGUGUUGGGGCUGGUCCUAUGCUUCUAUGUUGGCUCCAUGGAGCUGAGCAGCUUGAGCAUGCUGUUCGGUGUUCCUCCGAGUACAUUGGCGCGGACCCUGUGACGGGCUGAGGAAGCACUGUCCAAGACACUGGACAACUACGCCCCGCACGCAUCGCAUGACCGUCACCCAGCCGCCAGACUGAGCUGGCGAAGCUCGUCGGAGCUCGAGAGUCUCUGCUGAAGCACACCUUCGGCUUCAUCGAUGGGAAAAACUUUAAGCAGCCCUCGAACGCUGAUCUACAGAACUCCAUGUACAAUGGCUGGCUGCACUCGGUGUUUGUCACCGGGACGAUCUGCUUCGCGGCAGACGGAUGCAUCGUGUGGGUCAAGCACAACUGCCCCGGGUCGUGGAACGACUCCGACACGUCGCUGGGCUUCAGGAACAAGUUGCUGGACCCCGUGUACUGCCCCGACCCGCGCAAGAACGUCGUCUCGGACUCGGCCUUCCCCCAUGGUCGGCCGCAUCCUUACGCCGCUCAAGGACGGCGACCUCGAGCGCCUGCACCCGUCGCUGAGGAGCUCGGCGCGGACCAUCCACAACGCCAUCACCGCUGUGCGGAGUGGGGCAUGGGAUGCGUUCAAAAGGUUUACAGUCGCCUCAAUCUACCACUACCUUACGAGCCGGCACUCCGUGGGCUCAGACUGAACAAUUUGUUCCGCUUGGCAAACUACCGUGUUCGCACGGUUGGCAUCUCGCAAAUCCGCACAACCUUCGCGGGCGAGAUGGAGCUGCCAACGCACCUGUAUUGCUACUUUGGUCUUUGUAAUGCAUUACAAUACAUGUAGUUGUGCU